AAGGACACUGUGGCGGAACAGGUGCUGGUCUAUCCCUCGAACUCCAACCUUGUUGAUGAUAUAGUUAUAACGUGUCCGCCGCGAAACUCAACAUUCCGUCGCACAGUGUUUGGUCGGUGCAGCGUUAAGGGUGGAACCAACGGCGAAAUGGCGAGCAUUUCAAACUUAACCAACGCUCUGCCACUGCAUAUUCGAAGGUUUCGACCUUGUGGUUAUUCUUCUUCUCUGUGUACUCUCUCUUGUUCUCUCGCCGAGGACGUCGAACCCAAACCACCCAUUCCCAAACCUAAUUCGUACUUCCCGAAGCGUGGCCAAACCCUUGAACUCGUGUGCGAGUCCCUCGCCUUCAAAGGCAAGGGCCUCUGCAAGGUCACAGAAACCGGCUUCGUUGUCCUAUGCGACCGCGCACUUCCCGGAGAACAUUUCAUUGGCCGCGUCACUCGCAAAAAGGGAAAUUACGCCGAGGUAACUAAAGUGAAGACCAUAACUCCUCCACGCGACAUUGUGGAUGCUCCUUGUGUUUACGCUCCGUAUUGUGGAGGCUGCAAGACGCAGAAUUUGUCCUACGAGGCUCAGCUCAGAGCCAAGGAAGAGCAGGUCCGUGACUUGUUGAUUCACGUGGGAAAGUUUUCGCGCGAAGUGGUUCAGUUGCACGGCGUUAUGAAGCCAAUUGUACCUUGUGAUAUCCAGUUUCAUUAUAGGAAUAAGAUGGAAUUCUCCUUUGGUCCCCAAAGAUGGCUGCCUAGAGAAUUACUGCAUGAGCGACGUGCUGAUGAUGCUGAUGAUGAAAACGAGAAUUUUGCGCUGGGAUUGCAUGCUCCGGGUUUUUUUGAUAAAAUUUUAAAUGUUGACAAGUGCUUAUUGCAAUCUCAUCCUGCUAAUAAGGUACUUGCAGCCAUCCAAGAAUGUUGGAGAGAUCCACAACUUGGUUUUUCUCCAUAUGAUGUUCAUUCACACAAGGGAUUUCUUAAGCAUUUGAUGCUGAGAUCGGGAAGGGAUGUCACAACUGGUCAGCCUGAAGUUAUGGUCAACUUUGUGAGCUCUUCCUACAAGCCAGACCUGUUGAAGUUCCUUGUUGAUAAAGUUUCUGCAUUUCCUGAAGUGGUAAGUGUAGUUAAUAAUGUAAAUACUUCUGUUGGUAACACAUCGGUUGGAGAGGAAGAAUACACUUUGUAUGGGAAAUCUAGCAUCACAGAGACAUUAAGAGGGCUUACAUUCCAAAUAUCAGCAAACUCUUUCUUUCAAACAAACACUUAUCAGGCAGAGGUUUUAUAUAAGCUUAUAGAAGAUUGUGCUGGUGUCAAGGGUGAUGGCUCUGAAAUUGUCCUUGACCUGUUUUGUGGAACAGGCACCAUAGGUCUGACGCUUGCUAGAAGGGUAAGGCAUGUUUAUGGCUAUGAAGUAGUUCCUCAAGCCAUCGCAGAUGCUUGUCUUAAUGCCAAGAUAAAUGGCAUACAGAAUGCAACAUUUAUCCAGGGAGAUCUCAAUAAGAUUGAUGAAAAUUUUGGGAAGAAUUUUCCUAAACCUGAUAUCGUCAUUUCAGAUCCCAAUCGUCCAGGAAUGCACAUGAAGUUGAUUAAAUUCCUGCUUAAUCUUAAGGCACCUCGCAUAGUGUAUGUGUCAUGUAAUCCUGCCACAUGUGCACGUGAUCUUGAUUUUCUUUGUCAUGACGUGGCUGAACAGAAUACAAAAGGAUGUUACAAACUAAUAAGCCUACAGCCGGUUGACAUGUUCCCACACACACCUCAUAUUGAGUGUGUUUGCCUUCUGGAGCUUCAGUAAUCUAUGAUCAAUUAAAACUUCCAUUUCAAGGGAAUUACAAGCUUAAUACAAGAUCAAAAUCAAGGUUUGAUCUUCAAGGCGAUAAAUAGGAAAACUCGUACAUUUAUGCUGCAAGGUGUGAUACUAUUAUAUUAAUGCUUUGCCGACCAAAAAUUCAUUUUGAAUGGUUAUAGCAUUGGAAAACAAGCAUGGAUUACACUGUUGCAAGCCUACAAAAGUUUCUCAUACAUUAGUAUUUAUGCAGAGGUUCCAAAAGAUUGGAUUCAUGCUUAGCAGCAUCCAAAUGUGGAUUAGGGUAACAAUUAUGGUUAUACUUAUAGUUAUUUAUGGUUAGGUUACGGUUGAGGGUGAGGGUAUCUUGACGAAUGGGAAACAUGAAGAUGGAGAUGUAGAGAGGAGCUCCAUUACUAAGAAAUCGGCCAUGAAAGAAGCAAGCUUGAUAUGAGAUAAUAUACAUGAAAAGUCGGAACAUAGGGAAAAAGAAUGAAAGCUAGAAGAAACAGUUAUGUUAAUCGGAGAGUUUUGUUAGGGUAAAUUUAAAUAUAAUAUAAUUAAAUGAGUUGUUUAUUAAAAACUUGGAGUUUUGUAUGUUUUAGAGUACAAUAAUAAGCAAUUUAAUGUAAUAGUUAUUAGACAAUAAUAGGUAAUAGAUGUGUUUUAAUGGUAGAGUUUAUGAUUUGGAAAUGAAAAACUAUGAUGUAUGUCUAUGAAUUGAAAAUGUUUAGUUGACACAGUGUAACAAAACAAGUAACAAUAAAAAAAAAACAAUUUUUUUCUUAAAGGUUUAGUUUUAAUACUAUUUUCGUUUCUUAAAAGACAUGGACACAGAACACAGAA